AUGUUGAUUAGCUGCAUACUGCUGUCAAUCUUGUUCAGUUGUAUCGAUGGCCAAUUAGAGUGGCAAGAAGUACCGACUGCAAGUUCGACCCCAGAUCCUCGAAGAGAUGCUGGUCUUGGGUUCGAUGUAACACGCAAUCAACUGAUACUCUUUGGAGGCAGACCAUGGACUACUGAUGACACAUGGAUAUUCAACAUAAGUUCUGGUACAUGGAGAUCUGUGAGUACCGCCGUUCACCCAGCAGCUCGGUUCAGCUUUGUGAGUGGACUGCAGGGUGACUAUUUCUAUGUGUCGAUGGGAGAGGGCUUGAACCGCCAGUUCUACAAUGAUAUAUGGCGUUUCAGUCUGAUAACAGAGACUUGGGAGGAACUGUCAGCUCAGCAAUCAGAUCAUCUCAGGUAUGUAAAUACCUCGGUAUUAGCUUCAAGAGAUGACAAAUUGUUGUCCACCAGGCCAGAGGCACGUUAUGGUGCAACAGGGGGCAUUCACUCACAGGGAUUCACUCUGUUUGUAAGCCAGGGUUUCUCCUCUCGUCGAUACUUUGACACUUAUUCCUACAGUGUCAGCAGUCAAGGCUGGUCUGAAGAAUAUUGUGCUGGGUACACAUGUAACCCUUACAAUCCCAGCUACCCCCAUGCCAGGUGUCUGCAUGCUGGAGCAAUGGCUGCCCCUCACCAACUCGUCAUCUUUGGAGGAUGUUUGAGUGGAGGGUUAACAGGUGGCCCCUGUCCCUCGGGAGAUUCCUGGAUCUACAAUAGUCAAACUAAAACUUGGAAACAGAUAGAUGGCUGCCCUUCCCCAAGGAUUUAUGGAACAAUGGCCAUGGUUCCUAGCGUUGGAGGAAAGCGUAGACUUGUCCUUUAUGGUGGAAAAGAGGAGCACAGUCAGGUCAUUAAGACAACACUUUCUGCAGUUGAUGAAGUGUUUGUUUUAGACCCAGACAAUCUGGUAUGGUGUCGUCAAAAAACCAAGUACCAGACAUCUCCUCCAGCAUGGAGAGCAUCUGCUUCCAUGGCAACAGCAUCCACUGGUGUUUACAUGUUCGGAGGGGUUCUACUAGAAUCUGGUGAUGUUACUAAUGACCUCUGGUUGCUGAGUGGCACGGCUGUGGACACAGAGACGGCUGAAGUGCUACCUUGUGCCAAGAACUUUGCCAACUGGAUCCUUCUACAUGGUAUCUUCAUGAUGUUGGGCUGGGGCUGCCUUCUCAUCUGGGGGGCCAUCAUCGCUCGAUAUUUCAACGGCAAAGGCAAAGUUUGGUUUAUUUUCCAUGUGUCAUUUCAGGUGUCAGGACUUCUGCUGGCUACAGUUGGUGUUGUGUUUGCCGUCAUCUCAGUUCAGUCUAAACAUUUUAUGUUUGCCCAUGGAGCUAUAGGUUUGUUGGUGAUGCUGCUCGGCUUUCUACAGCCAGUCAAUGCAUGUUUUCGCGGCAAGAGACCAGAGAAAGGAGAGAUCAAAACUUUACGUCGUAAGAUUUGGGAAAUCCUCCAUCACUUCAGUGGUUACAUAGCAAUUGUGUUGGCUGUGGUGAACAUUAGUCUGGGAUUGUUUUUCGCAAUAGCAAAGACUGAGAUUUGGUCACUCUGGUACAGCUACCUAGCUCUAUUACUGAUAUUUAUUCUCAUAGCUGAGAUUCUCUGUUGGGUCAAGAAGAAGGAAAAAACUCACUCGACAGUACUACCCUCAAACCAAGGGUCAUCUGAGCAGGAUAGUCAAAUUCAUGUGGCAGCUGGAAUGACAAAUCAUACAAAUCCAGAAUUUGAUUCUGAACUGCCAAUCAAAAAGGAAUGA